GCAUGCGCUGAAUUGGAACUGAUUCGCGUGGUUAUUACAAAGAUUCGCAGAACAGUUGGACGCCGCCAGUUGGUUCAAGAUUCUCCGACAAGACAAUAUUUAAUUACAAGUCAGUUACUUUUUUACAAGUCAAGAUUUAGGAGGUACUACCAAGAAACAUCAAACAUUUCAAUAGGAUCUGCAGUCAUGGCUGUAUUAGAAUCAACAAUCGGCCGCUUAUUGAUACUGACUUUCCUUAUACCACAUUUCAUUAUCUCUUGGUGUAUGUUCGCCAAUCAGACAAAACAACCAGUUUUGUGGGGCAUUGUAAUCGCUGUCUUGGAAAGUAUUCUUACACAUAGAAUACGCACACAUGUUUUGUUGUAUUUCUUGGGAAUGCAUGGUGUUGUUUCUUGGACUGAGAUUAUUACCAACAAUGUAUAUGCGAGAUCUCCACUAAAUGGAAAAUGCAUGGCCAUAUCAUUUCCAGAACUGGUGGUGCUGGCUGCUUGUCUAGCACUAAGCACAGUACUUUGUCGCCGUGCUUGCGACGCUAAAAGACGCCUGAUUUUGAUGUCGGGUAUAAUUGGCACUGUGAUUUGCGAAAUCAUUUUGCUGAUAUUCCAUUUCUUAUAUAUACAAGAAAAAAACCUCAAUCAAUUCUUUGGGAUUCCUUUCUAUUGCUAUUUAGUAAUGGUAAUGUUUUACGGAUGUGCUGUCAGUGCCUUAUAAGCGUUACACACAUUUAAUGAGUCAUUGCAUGGAAAAUCAUUUUUAAAGAAUUUGAAUUCUUUCAUUUGCGACUUUACUUAAAAUACAAAUUGAAUUGUUAGUUAUAAGUUGUUUUAUUUACAAAUAAGGUAAGAUUACC